ACUCUUAAAGUUAAUAGAAGAAAUCUUGAGGCAUUGAUGUUUCUAGAAACUCCGAUUGCAAUCUCUAGUUUUGUAAAAUAGAUCAUAAAUAUUUGUUAUUGCAAUAAUCCAAUCAGCCUAUUCAACUAUUUUUACGCAUUCUUUAAGACGGACAGUGUAAGAGUUAUCCAUCAAUCAAUUCCCUAAGACGCCUUGUUUAUUUUUCUUACGAUGGGUUUGUUUUCAUCAAGUCCCACUUUGAGCACUGCUUCCGUAACAUGAAGACGGCAUAUUUAGGGCGGUGUUUGAGAACAUUGUUAGUUUCCGUACGUAGCGAACAAUAAAAUUGUCAUUCUGUGUCAACUAAAAAUAAAAGGAGCUGUCGGUUAUUAUAAUCUCUUCAUAGAGAGAACAUUGCUAGUGCAGGAUUUGGAUGGUUUUCUCAAGAGAAAAUCCUAUAGAUGCUGGGAUGAAGAGGACAGAUUCCGGUGGUUUUGAGUGUUACUUGGAGUAUGAAAAAACGUUCACAAUGGGAUGCGUAGAGUAUAUAGCCACCAUAGGUUCUAUAGUACUGCUGAUUAUGACUUUCCCAUUAUCGUUGUUUUGGUGUUUCAAAGUUGUACAAGAGUACGAAAGAGCGGUCAUCUUUCGUUUGGGAAGACUACGAACAGGUGGCGCAAGAGGUCCAGGUAUUUUCUUCAUCGUUCCGUGCGUGGAUAGCUACUGCAAGGUGGACUUAAGAACGGUGUCGUUCGAUGUACCUCCUCAAGAGGCCUUAACAAAAGAUUCUGUAACAGUAACUGUGGACGCAGUAGUUUAUUACAGGAUCCAAGACCCACUUAAUGCUGUUAUCAAAGUUGCCAACUAUAGCAACUCAACAAGAUUACUGGCAAUGACAACUCUAAGAAACAUCUUGGGGACUCGAAAUUUGGCUGAAGUUUUGUCAGACAGGGAGGCCAUCUCACAUGCCAUGCAGACAUCUCUGGACGUAGCCACAGAUCCUUGGGGGGUAAAAGUAGAAAGAGUAGAAAUUAAAGAUGUUAGUUUGCCUCAACAGUUACAGAGAGCAAUGGCAACAGAAGCUGAAGCUACCAGAGAAGCUAGAGCCAAAGUGAUAGCUGCUGAAGGUGAGAUGAAAGCUUCAAGAGCACUGAAAGAAGCUUCGGAUGUUAUCAAUCAAAGUCCAGCUGCAUUACAGCUUCGUUAUCUUCAAACCUUGACUAACAUAUCCGCAGAGAAAAAUUCAACCAUUAUAUUUCCUUUGCCAAUAGAUCUUCUGAGUUAUUUUGUGAACAGAACAAGUAAUAUUGAAAUGGUGUGAUAAAUAUUCUUAUUAUUUCUUUUAAUCCACUAAUACUAUUUGGAAGAAAAUCAUCACAAUUUUUUCCAAUAAGAAUUUUCAACAGGCACAAAGAUACUUUUUUUAGAGUUUAAUUCAAUUUGAAAUCUUCGAAGGACAAAUAUUUUAAAUAGAUAUUA